AUGGUUUCAGUCCGGCAGCUCCUGGCCUCCUCCGUGCUGGUCGCCUCUGCGGCCCACGCGACGGGCAUCAACGAUUUUUCAUGCACCUCGGACUCGAACCCAGUCGUCCUGCUCCACGGUCUGGGCGCAACCUACUAUGAGGACCUCAACUACCUACAGUACUGGCUGCAAAACCAGGGCUACUGCACAUAUUCACUCACCUAUGGCGCAUACGACGGCUUCCCUUUUGUUGGCGGACUAAAGCCGAUCAACGAGUCGGCGCCCGAGAUCGCCGCGUAUAUCAAGGAGGUCGUGGAAAAGACGGGCAAGAGCAAGGUCGAUCUGGUCGGUCACUCGGAGGGCGCAUUCCAGUCUCUCUACGUGCCCAAGUUCGAGGGCGUAUCGCAUCUUAUUGACAAGAUCGCGUCCAUCGCCCCGCCCACUCACGCCACUUCUUUCGCCGGUCUCUACAACCUCGCUUACCUGCUCGGGAAUACCACCCGCGAAGUCGUCAGCGAUGUCCUUCAUGCCGUGGGCUGUGGUGCUUGUGAUGACCUUGGCCCGGGCGGCGCCGCCAUUGAGCGCCUGAACGAUGGCACACCGAUCGUCCAGUCCGGUAACACGGUCACUAUCAUCGCGUCCAAGUAUGACGAGCUCGUCACCCCACCCACAACCUCAUUCAUCGACGAGGACGGCGUCACCAACCGCUGGAUUCAGAGUACCUGCCCGCUCGACCCCGUCGGCCACAUCGGCGAGGCGUAUGACCUGAACGUGUGGAACCUGGUCAAGAACGUGCUGGACUCGACUCCGGAUCGCAAGUUUGUGUGUCUGGCUGGGUCGCCGGGUAAAUAA